AUGCACCGCUCGCCGAAUGCACCGCUGCGAAUGCACCGCUCCGAACGCAUUCCGGGAAAACCGACCGGCAAAAGCGGCGUAAUGAAGCCUCAAGAUGGAUUCAUAGACAUCGACCUCGGUGACAAUUCUCCUUGUCUCUACUCUGUAGCUAUUGUCGCAUACCUUGUCGGAGAAAGUGGGAGGGACGUUGUGACCGCUGACCCUCAACAACUUACCGCCAUCGAAUUCACGCGUACCCAACUCGCCAAUCCCACAUCAACCACAUCACCCCUCCUCCUACUAGCCCCUAACCCAGCGCACCACACAAUUCCUACAACAACCCUCUUCCGUUCCAUUGGUUAUAAAUCCGAACCUCUCUCUACCUUAGCCUCCGCCGGAAUUCCCUUCAACUCGCAAAAGGGGAUCUUCCCUAACGAUGGCGUUGGCCGCAUAGUCUCUUCACCUCAGCAUGCACACAAGCCCCAGGAAAUGGAUCAUGAAUACAGCAUCCCGAUCCCGGGUCUUUACUGUGCUGGGUGGGUGAAAUGCGGGCCUACCGGCGUUAUCGCUUUGACGAUGGCGGAUGCGUUUAGGACUGCUGAGGCAGUUGUUAGGGAUUGGAGGGAUCGACAAACAGCUGGGAAGGAGAUCAUGGAUAAGAGGUUCAUUGGGAGUGUGGAGUCGAGGGGGUGGGAGGGGGUAAGGGAUGCGGCGGAGGAAGCGGGGAUAGGGUUGAGGAGGGUGAGUUGGGAGGAUUGGAAGAAAAUUGAUCGGUUAGAGAGGGAGAGGGGAAAGGAGAGGGGCGGCAAGCCGAGGGAGAAGAUUGCCAGCGUGGAGGAGAUGUUGAGGAUACUGGAUUGA